AUGCCCAAGAAGGUGCAGCUCGUCGCUUCGGGUUCGACGGAGGAUGUCUCAAACAUCACCCAGGAGUUGCUGGAGAGCAGAAGGCGGCUUGAAGCCGGUGUCGAGGAAAAUCGACGGAACCGUGAGGUUCUCCAAGGGCUGAAUGACCAGCUACGUGUCUCCCCUCUACACCGAUCGUCACCACUUCUGAAUCGAUCCUUUGAGGUCGACCGUCACUCCGAAACCAUCAACAUCAACAUAGAUCCCUCGAUUUUUGGUCGAGAACGGGAGGAUGAAGCCGAUCGCGAGAUUGAGGGGCUCAUCAACAAGCUCAAGGCCGAGCUGUUCAAAAACAACACCCUCGAGGAAAUUAACGACAUGCUAAAAGCCGAAAAUGAUGCAGCGCUAACGGCAAAUGUUAAUUUGAGAACCGACGUUAGCGAGCUGACCCGAACACUCGAGUUUUUGAGCCGUGAGUACAGAGACGAACAGGACCGAUUCAGGAUUGAGAACCAGCGCUACCGAAGUCACCUCGACACGCAGCACCGCCAACUAAUCAGCCUCUGGAAAGCGUUUUUGGCUGUGAAAAGACAGAUGAAAGAGCUGAAAACGUUGACAGCAGCCGAUAUGGAGAAGCAGAUGGGCGAGUUCGCCAGAUGCACCCAGAUGAUGCAGAAGGCGAUCAAGCAAGCUGAGGGCAGGACCAGCACCGUUCAACACCAAAUGACGCGUGAAAAGGACGAGGUCGUCAACGAGGUCUUCAAAAAGUACGAGGAGCUGUCGGAGCGGAAUGCUGAGGUCGAGAAGCAAAACUCGGAAAAGAGCCGCAGAAUAGCAAAACUCGAAACAGAGUUGAGAAGAGAGAAGGAGGAAAAAGAGGGGAUUCGAGAUGCGCUAGGGAAGAUAUCGAACAUGCCCGAAUUGACGCAAAAUAAGGAGGGCAAGCCGAGGUCGAGGAGUCAGAGUCCUGGUUCUCCUGGUACCAGCGGCGGUGAAGCCAUGAGAAAAAUUCGCUCGACCUUGCAUGCUCGAAAUGUGGAGUUGAAGGAUUUACAGAUGAAACUCGAGCGCUCCGAAGCCCAAACCGAAAGAUUGCAACGGGACAUUGAACGCCUAGAAAAAGAGCUAAAAACCAGAGCCGAAAGAGAAAGGCAAAGGGAAGAGGAAGCCAAAAAAAGAGAGCACGAGCUGGCAGACCUCGAGAAGCAGUCCAGAAGAGCUGACGAACGAAUGCAGAGUGCGGAAGAGGACAAGCAGCGGUUGCAGGAAAAUAUACAACAGCUGCAGGACAGUAUCGCGCAUAUCCACAAACUGCACCGAGAAUUCAUCGAAAAUCUGACGGAGCGUCACAAAGAGGAGCUCGAUGUACGCCAAAAACACUACGAGACGGAAUCUGAAGAAAGGAUCAAUGAGGAAAGAACGAGAGCGACCAGGAUAAAAGACGAGCUCGAGCGGACCAAAAACGAUGGCGAAGCGCUGCGUCAACAGUUGCGGGACGUACAAGCUGACCUGGCUACUGUAAGGAAAGGGAUGGAAGAUAAAGAAAUGCUCAACACCCACCUCAGCGACGAGAUCAAGAGGAUAAGAGAACAGCUGGCAGAAGCGCAAGCCGGGGAAGAUGAUAAGGACAAGACGAUACACGAGUUGAGAGCCAAGUACGAACACGCCAAAGACAAGGAAAAACGCGUCAAAGCCGAACUCGCCGAGGUCUCAGGAACAAUCGACAUCAUGACCGACGAGAAUAAAUCGCUGCAGGACCAGGCGGCCGAGACAAGGGAACAGAUGAAUGAGAUGGGGAACCGGCUGGAGCAGGCCGGCCAGAGGGAGGAAGAACUCGAACAACAAUCCGAGGAGUUGAAUUCAACGAUUGAAAAGCAUGAAGAAACCAUCCGGGAAUUGAAAGCAUCUCUCCAAGAGGCGCAGACAAGGGCUGAAGCUAUCACCGACGAAAUGGCCUCCCAGCGUGAGCAAUUCGCAUUCGCGCGGAAUAUGGCCGAGCAGCGGGCGGAGGAAUCGCAGAUGUUGGAGCGUGAACGAGAGCAGGCGUUAAGAGAAAAAGACAUGGCACAGGACGAGCUCAACAACCGGAACCAUGAAGUGGCCGCCCUCAACGCGAAGAUAGCAACAAUGGAGAAGGAUAUCUCGGGUCGGAUAGAGCAGGACCACCAAGUGAAGCUCCUCAUCGAUGAGAUCCGCUCGAAAAAUGACCAACUCGAGCGUGAAGUAUCUGAAAAGAACGCUAUCAUUGAAGAUAUGAGAGAUAAGCUGGAAGACCUCCACAACGACCUCAUCAAACGGGACGAGCGUAGCAAGGCGGAGGUGGCUAAAAUUGAAGAGAUCAAGACGAUCGAUAUUUUGACAGUGCGUGAAGAAUGGACCCAGAAAGCUCGUGCUCAAGAAGCAGAUCUGGAAUCUUUGAGGCGACACCUGGCCGAGAUGGAGGCUAGAUCCAAGGAAUUGACCCUGGAGAUUGAUCGGCUGAAAACUGAGAAUGAGGCGCUGGAAAUCGAUCGAGAUCAGGCUGUUGAGAAACAGGAAGAUGAGACCAGACGGUUGAAGAAGAAAAUUGAGGAGCUCGAAGAGCAAGCUCUGGCCGACCGCGAGGAGUACGAGGAGCUACGUGCCAAAGAAACGAAGCAGCGUGAUGAAGCGAUGUCCCAAGUCACCGAGGAGUUCAAGCGACUCCAGGGGAUGAUAGACGAGAUUGGGGAGAAAGAAUCCAUCCUCCAAAAGCAGUUCGACGACACCAAAGAGGAGCUGGCAAAAGAAAAAUCGAUAAAUGACACUCGACAAGAGGAGCUGGGCCGACUACACCAAACAAUCUCCCAACUCGAGCAGCAACUAGACUCGGAACGAAAACUUGGCCACAAUAAGUUUGGACCCGCACGCCGGAGUGUUACUGUGUUUGGCACGUUGCCAAGAAAUGUGUGGCGUGAACCAUUGCCCGACUACCGUAUCCACGAGAGCAUCACGCAGAGCUGGCAGGUUGAAGAGCAUGAGGUCCGGAUAGCGCGCUCGCAGACGCAGUACGACGAGUUGUCACGAAAUAAGGAUAUGCUCGAGUCGGAAAGGGAUCGACUGGUGACGCUCAUCGCAAAGAAAACGACCGCCAUCCAGAAUUUGGAAUCCCAAGCUGACGAGCUGACCGCCCAGCUGGCCGAAGCCGAGGCCAGGGAAAAUUCACUGCGGGACGAAUUGGCAUUGUUUACAAGAGAACUUCAAAAAGAAGUCCACCUGAAGCAAAUCGAAGCUGAUCACCGCCGAGAGGAGUCUGAUGAUGCUCAAGAGGCCAAGAUGGCACUCCAAAACAAAGUCCAAGCCCUAGAGCUCCAACUUGCCGACAAAACAGCAAAACUCGAGUCCACUACCGAUUUGCUCAAAAAACUGGAGAAUACCGAGAAGAACAUGAUGACCGAGUUGAAGGAGGAUGCGGAAAAGGUUACCCACUACCGACGAAGGAAUGAGGAGCUGAAAAUCUCGACCUCAAAGCUCACGGAAGAAGUGACGACCCUCAAGACGUUGCUUGAAAGGAAGACGCAGCAAUCGCAAAGAGCGCUGGCAGAUCUGUUGGACAAUUAUAAGGAGGCGGAACGCAAGGCCCACUCAAAUCAAGCCGAGGCCGAUCAGCUUCGCGCUGGCGUGCUAGGACUUGAGGCAAAGUUGGAACGGGCUGAGAGACGAAAAACGGAGCUGGAAGCUAAGUUGGCGGAAGCGGAAGGGAGACGGGACGAGCUGGCCGUCCGGAAUAGUCAGUACGAAAGGAGCGCUGCAAUUGGGAUUGGAAAACACUCCUCGAUGCGGACCGGAAACUCGACGCUGGAUUUGAGCCAUGAUCACCAUUCUUCAUAUGGCUCCAUCGGAGCGCCAGUCUCGAUUCCACAUCUUCGCGGUAGCGUCUCGACGCAAAAUAUGUCGGCCGACUUCUCGCCAGAGCGAUCGGUCCACUUCGACGAUUCCGGGGAGCGCCUAAAGGCACUCGGUAUUACACCAUCGAUGGACAUCACAAUUCGAUACCUGAAGGAAAGGAUAGAACAACUAGAAAAGGAACGAACGUCGCUUACCCAAGCUCUUGGCGACAGUCGGCAAAGUGAGAAAUUGGUGAAACGACGGCUUGAUGAAGUUACGCAACUCUUGGACUCGUUGCAGAGGAAGGCCGAGCAGUUGGAGAACGAUAACAAACUGCUAGAGGGCCGCAUGAACAACCAGCGCCAAAUGUACCUCAGCAACGAGGAGUCGAUGCGCAGCAGGGAGGGCGAGUUCAGAAACCUCAAAGCCAAGCUAAUGUCCGCCGAGCUGCACGUCAGGGAGAAGGAGAGCAAGAUCCAGCAGCUUUUGACGCUCGUCGACACUCAAAAGCUCGAUCUGGCCGAGCAAACGGAAGAGAAGCGGAAGCUAGUGUCGCAGAUGAUACACCUCGAGAAAGACCUGAAGACGGCGGAGCAGGAGGGAGAAAAGGGUGACCUUGAACGUGGCCACCUAGCUGUCCAGCUCGACAACCUGCAGCAAGAUUUGAAGAACCUCAAGAAGCAGCUCAUCGAGAUGGAGCAGGUCAACGACAGCCAGAGGAAGGCGAUGGAGGAGAUGAAGAUGAGUGAAGAUAGGAGGAGGGAGGCGAUCGAGAGGGCACAAGCUGAGGAGCGGCAUUGGAGGAAUACGGCGGUAGCUGCAAAAAAGACGAGCGAGGAAUACCACCGCUCCAUUUACGAAGAACGCCUCGGCAACCUGCAAAGAAACUACGACACGCUCCACACAACGCACGAGCAAUUGCAGACUCAAGCGGAACGAUUACGACAAGAACUGAAAGAAGCCCUAAAUAAGUCGAACAGCUCGACAAACCGCCUCCGGGAAGCCGAAUCCCGGCUUGACGACGAACUACAGAAACGGAAACUCGUCGAAAAAGCGUUGGGCAGCAUGCAAAAGAUGGAGACCGACUGGCAAAAGUUGGAGCGGGAACUGCGGGAUGAGCUGAAGCUGCUGAGGAAGGAUAAGCUGGCAAAUACGGCUGAGAUUGAGGAGCUAAAACGCCGCCUAACUCGGGCCGAACAACGUCGUGCCCUUCCCGUCCAAUCGUCGCGCAUCACCGAGACGAAGUCAUACGACUACCAGCGCACCCGCGCCGUGAUGAGACCAUUUAAA